UCCUAUAUUGGAGGAAGCCGCACAGGGCCGCCAUUUCACUGAACGCCUUUCUGCUCCUUUUAACUGCAGGGUGGCGGAAAAAAGGAGGAGGAGGAGAGGAAGACGGUGGGAUUUGGGACGAGAAGAGGAUGUGAGAUGAAUCAAAGAAGCUUUGAAAUGUUUCCCGUCAGACUUUUUUUCAACAAUGUAACGAUUUAGUCCCGUUAGCAGACAGCUAUUGUAUCUCUUCACUUCGGGAUUUUUCGUGAGCAUUGGAGCUCAGGCUGCGUUUCUCCUCUGUAUUUCAUUUUUCACUUCUCUUACGUACCCUAUUCCACGACCAGGGGUCGAACACGGACUGAAAACACACAGGACGACAUAUUACCUUUGGCGUUGUUUUUAGAAAUUUUGAAAAUCCGACAUUUUUUCCCCUUUAACCGCCUCGACGCGCUGAAGAUGUCGGGCCAGAGCAUUACAGACAGGAUAACGGCCGCUCAGCACAGCGUUACCGGCUCGGCCGUGUCCAAAACCGUGUGCAAGGCGACCACACACGAAAUUAUGGGCCCUAAAAAGAAACAUUUGGAUUAUCUCAUCCAUUGUACUAACGAGAUGAACGUGAACAUUCCUCAGCUGGCUGACUCGCUGUUUGAGAGGACUACCAACACCAGCUGGGUGGUCGUCUUCAAAUCCCUCAUCACGACACACCACCUCAUGGUCUAUGGCAAUGAGCGUUUUGUUCAGUAUCUGGCUUCCAGGAAUACAUUAUUCAACCUCAGUAACUUUUUGGACAAAAGUGGACUACAAGGUUAUGACAUGUCAACGUUUAUUCGGCGGUACAGCCGAUAUCUGAAUGAAAAAGCAGUGUCCUAUCGACAGGUGGCUUUUGAUUUUACAAAAGUAAAGCGUGGGGUUGAUGGAGUGAUGAGAACCAUGAAUACAGAGAAGCUCCUUAAAACCAUCCCAAUCAUCCAGAACCAGAUGGACGCGUUAUUAGACUUCAAUGUCAACGCCAAUGAGCUCACCAAUGGGGUCAUCAAUGCAGCCUUCAUGCUCCUCUUCAAAGACUCAAUCAGACUUUUUGCAGCUUACAACGAGGGGAUAAUCAACCUGCUGGAGAAGUAUUUUGACAUGAAGAAGGUUCAGUGCAAAGAAGGACUGGACAUUUACAAGAAAUUCCUCACCAGAAUGACCCGCAUCUCCGAGUUCCUCAAAGUGGCAGAGCAGGUGGGGAUAGACCGAGGGGACAUUCCUGAUCUCUCUCAGGCUCCCAGCAGUCUCUUGGAUGCUUUAGAGCAGCACCUGGCCUCUUUGGAGGGCAAAAAGGUCAAAGAUUCCACUGCAGCCAGCAGAGCAAGUACACUUUCCAAUGCUGUAUCAUCCCUGGCCAACACUGGCAUGUCUUUCACCAAAGUGGAUGAGAGAGAAAAACAGGCAGCCCUGGAGGAAGAGCAGGCACGUCUGAAAGCUCUGAAGGAGCAGAGGUUGAAAGAGCUAUCUAAGAGGCCCUCGUUUGCCACCACAGACACCUCUCCGGUGUCCACCACAGCAGCCAGCAUCAGUACAGCUCCUGUCAUUGACCUGUUCUCCACCCCAAGCUGCUCUAAUGGCACCUUGAAGAUGGAGAGUGACCUCUUUGACUUGAACAGCACCUUCCAGCCAUCCAUGCAGCCUGGGCCCUCACUAUCUACACCAUGGGGAGAUCCUUUUUCUUCUUCUGAAGCUGUCGAAGGCUCCAUCCCAACCCUUAAUCCUUUUCUAACCAAACAUGUUGAUCCUGCUCAUCCACCUGCUGUGUCGUCUGAUGGUGUUAGUUUUCCAUCUAGGACAUCAGGUCAUGAGCUUUUCAGUGAUUCUUUUGGUCAAGCGUCUAUGAUCCAGCAUCUUUCAAACCCCUCUCCCUUCCCACCUGAGCCUUCCACUGUAGCAGGUCUGUUCCGAGGAUAUGGGCCUCCACAGGUUCCUCCUCCACAGAGUACAGGGGAGCUAAAUGUUGACUUUGAGUCUGUUUUCGGAAACAAAGCUGCCUCCUCUAGUAACUUGGACACCAAUGGUGGGAUUUUGAAGCCCACAAUGGCCAGUUCUAAUCAGCCUUCCUCUCAGCACCCAGAAAAGCUCAUGUCAAAUGACCUAGACUCCUCCUUAGCAAAUCUAGUUGGAAACUUGGGAAUUGGAAAUGGCACCACUAAAAAUGAUAUCCACUGGAACCAGCCAGGAGAGAAGAAACUGACUGGUGGAAUGAACUGGCAGCCCAAAGCGGCACCUUCCACUACAUGGAACCCUGUCUCAAUGCCUCCAUCAGUUAUGGCCUUCCCUGCAACAACCCCGACAGGCAUGAUGGGAUAUGGUCUGCCCCCACAGUUGCCCUCAAUGGCCAUGAUGACACAGCCCACAAUGAUGUACACACAACCGGUCAUGAGGCCAUCCAACCCAUUUGGAUCUGUGUCCAGUGCACAGCCCUCUGCUGCCUCUAGUCCCUCCAGUCAGAGCCCUCUUCGAGCUCCAGGACAAGACCCCUUUGCACAGCUCUCUCUCAAGGAUUUCUUGUAGAUCCUCAUCUCUUGUCUAGAUGCAGUUUAUGUAACAAGCUGAAUUCACUCCCUGAAGUCAAAGCAUUGUCAAGCGCAGCUCUGUGGUCUGUGCUGUCCUGCUCUUCAGAGGAACCAAAUAUGUCUAAAAUGUCAACAGUGCAGGAACAGAAGGUGUAAUAAGACUGAGAGCUUCUUAGAAUCAUUUUGUAAUCUGUCUGCGAUAUGAAGUGAUGCUGCUGUUCUACCCUGAAGGGGAUUCCUCAUGCAUUUUAUAAUCUGUAAAGAUAGGCAAAUGGGACUGAGAGAGUUUAACAUGAUUUGUGUGUAUGGGGGGGGGAAUCUACGUUAAUCUUCCGUGUUUUUUUUUUUGUUUGUUUGGCUUGGUUUGGGGUUCCCCCCUCUUCCCCCCCCCCUUUUUUUUCUUUUGUUUUGAAGAGGUGAGAGGCGCAGGAAUCUCCCGAACUCAUUCAUAAACCUCCUACAGUAAAUAGGAUACAGUGAUAUUUACCAGUUUGUUUUGUCUUAAUUACGUUCACAAAUAGACCUCACUUGUGUUUGUGUUUGUUUAUUUAUGGUUUAUACUCAAAGAGGAUAUGUAUGAAUGCGUAUGCAUUGGAAAAACUUUAAAUAAUUUAACAUUACACAUGGGUGUUGGAUUGUAUAAGGUGAUUUAAAGCAAUUAGAGAUUUUAAAAUAGCUAUGUGAAAAUUACACCUGUAAGUUAAAUGAUAUAGAACACUAAGUAUUCUCUGUUUCAUGUCUAGAAAUGCUCUUUGUAGAUCAGGCAUUCACAACCCAGACGUAUUGGGCAGAUAAGAUUUAGAACCUGGUUUGCUGAUCUAUAUAGCCAAUAACCAUGCCUAAGGUUUUUGAAUGGAGUUGUCUCAGUAUCUGCCAGGUGUUGCACUUGGGAAGAGAUGGGUUUCUGCAUUGUGCAUGGCAUGCCAUUGAUUCACAUGCACAGUUCAAGAUGGCUGCCUCUCUGAAUGUGAAGAUUGGCCCUCAUGAUUCAGACUUGAGUAAAGCAAGCCACUUCCCCAGGACUGUUGGCUGGGCCCACUUGCCUAAUUUGAUAUCGUAAUGGACAAAGGUCAUAUUUAUCACUGUAUAUCUAUCAUGUAAAAUACAAAAGGAACGUCUUGACCAAAAGAAGCAUUGAGCGCUGUUGACCAGUGCGUUAUGUACAUACUGAAUACUGGGUGUUUAGCUAAGGAUGGAUUGAAAUGUGAAAGCAAUUCGAUUGACUUUAUUGACAUUCUGCUGAAUAUUGUCGUCCUCACAGAUUUUUCUUUUGUUUACAUAUUUAAAAAAGUAAGAAAACUAGUGUAAUUUUUUUCAAAUAAAGUGCAGCUUCCACAA